ACUGAUUGGAGGAGAGUUGCGGAGAGAGCUGAGAUAUAGAGCAUAUCGAGCCGAGGGGCUUUAGUACAGUUAUCAGUCAGCAACGAAUAAGGAGCAACGUGAAGCUAGUAAAGGUAUAAAGUGGACCAUUUUAACAAACUUUUGGACUAUACCGGGACACGAAAACCACUGUGAUAAAAAAUAGAAGAAGAAACGAAGUGAAGCGCCUGUGAUUUUAAGCCAAAUAUCUGCCGAGCUAACUCAGCGCGACUUUUUAUCUCAAGACUCUUCUUCAAAGCUUACCUUAAAGGACAACAUGCUGAACCUCUGCCUGGUGCUGAUUUUAUCUGCCUCCGUUUUCUCAGAGUCGGUAAGUUGUUUGACUGACUGUUUCUCACCAAAAGCUGAAUUGCAUGUUCGAAAACUAACGUGUUUCAUCUCGAGUAGUCUGGCUGCGCUCGGUCUUGUAACAUUACGGUACUUGGCAGCCGUUAACGCCGUUAAAACUGCAUUGAUUUAAGGGUGUUUUGUGCGGUUAUGUCAAGUUUGAAAGAGAUAAGUAGAGAUAAGGUAGGUGUCUGGGUACAACGGCUUUACAGUGUUGUUAGCCAGCCAGCUAGCUCUGUAGCUAAAGUCUAGAGAGAGUGUUUGGGGGCACACACACACACACACACUGAGCCUGCUGCCAUUAUCCCGUAUGGGGCCCAGAUGGGGGGUAGCUGGAAAAGUCACUUUUCCUGUCUCAGAUGGGACCAUCACAGGAACAUUUGAGCUGCUCUUGUUUGGAGGAAAGAUUCAUCUAAAUUUUUUAUUACACCCCCCUGUAACCCUGCUGAACCUUUUUAGAUGAAAAGUUAAAAGAAGAAAACCAGUUGACAUUAAGUUUUCUUAAUAUUCAGCUAAAAAUAUCAACCUCCAGGAAUAUGUGGACAUGUCUCUUGUAAUGAAUCAUUGAAAAAAAGGGUGACUGAAUGCCAAAAGGAUUUGUACUCUAAGUAGCAGCACUUCACUGGAGUUGGCCACAUGUUUCCACACUAAAAUUGCUAAAGUAAAAGAUACUUAAGAAUAAUGUCAUAUUUUUGGAUGAGAUACUACAAGUUUAACUUAUUUUGUAAAUUUGACUUUUGCUUUACUUUGUUUCUUGCAUGCUAACAAGUAACACAGUGUGUUGACAUCCAGACGUGGCUCAGGAGAAGCACUUUGGGAUGGAUUUUCUUUUGAGCAGGUAUAUGUUGCUAUCAAACCUGUCAAUAAAGUAUCUAUCAGUCAAACUGGGUUCUUCUGAUCACUUUCCACAGUCUGCAUGCCAGGCUCUGACCUCCAGGCCUUAAGAAAUCUUCAUAGGCCAGAGAGAUAGCUUGCAUGUCAGUCGUACUAAGGUGAAGAGCGGAAUGCACGCAAAGGAUACAGAACUGUCAAGCUGUUCAUGUUUUUACCAUUGAACAUGAAACCAGUUAGCUUCUUUCUAACUUGGUUGUUGAUUGUUUUGCUGUGUGACGUGAUGCAUCAGAAAAGUGGGUCCAGUAGCGAUACACUGAAAGGGGCAUGUUGCAACCUACUGUAUUAGAGGUGAUUGUACCUUUGUCACCAAUGAUCGGUGUUGCUCAUAGACUGGGAUAAGGACAGUGGUCCAUUUAAAAUGCUUAAUCAUAAGCUACAGCCCCACUGAAUUGAGCAUGUGCUGAAAAAUCAUCCAUAUGGGACUCAUGUUAUAAAUCAGCAUGAUCUUUCCAGACUUGUGUGUUUGGAUUCAUUCCCUAUCUUGUGGUAAAUCACUUACCCUUGUUUGUUUGUGUUUAUCUACCUUGGAUCUGUUCCGUCAUACUGAAUACUGUUGACACGUUUGUUCCUGCUGCCCAACCCAGGCUCUGUGUCCUCCAUUAACUAUUCAUGAAGUAUUUUUGUUAUUCAAACACCUGGGACUGUGACCUGAGUACUGCACAGGAAUAGCUCCAUGUGUGUGGCCUGUUUGUGAAGAAUCUAGCAGUGUUAUGUGUAAACAUAAAGAGAUGAAUAUUAGCAUCAUCCUAUUUGUACCCGCAACAACAGAGUGUAUUUUGUCACAUCUUUAUUUUCAGACCUUAUUAUUUAUUCUGCAAGUUAAUAACUCACACCAGAGUCACGAAUGUGGGACUCUGCUGUGGUUUAAUUUGAUUAGUGACAUUUGUGUUGCAUUCAAGUGCCGCUUGGUUGGCAGGGCUUCAUAUUUCAUUCCUGAAAAUGUUCAAACAGAACAUUGUCAGAUGUUUCUGGUGUCUAAGUUGAUCCCAGAUUUGAUUCUUCAAUGUCUGAACUCAUUUUUGUUUAUGAGAGAUACUGUCUUUAACUUCUUUUACUGAUCUGGGUCACCUUUUGUGAACACGGUACAAUGGCUACAACCUUAUGCAAGGCUACAGGUUACAGAAGUAGGCAAACUAAUGAUUUGCUAAAGUUUCAGCCAUGUUUGUGCUUGACAUGAAGUCGGCUCUUGUGCAGAUAUUCUUGCACCAUUUAUUUCCUGAAACUUAUUUUAUUCCAAACUCAUUUUGUUGAUUAUCUGACGCCAUGAAUGAAGCAGGUUUUGUGAUCAAGAAAUGGAAAUGUCUGUCUUGUGGUUCGUUUUUGUUGUUGCACCUCCUUUUUGUUCAAUUAUGACAAAAUCCACCUUAAAAUGUGGUAAAGAGACCUCACUGUCUCCUGCUUAUUUUCAACUGUGCAUACUGGAGGGAUAAUACGGGCUGUGUGGAUGCCACCCACACACAAGCACACCCACCCUGCCCCCCAGUCAGCCCAGUUGGUCACUACAAAUGGUGUGAAUGGGUGAACAGCAGGAGCAUGCAGGAUUUACCAGUCAGUCCAGUAUGCAGGCCUGGGUUAGACUUAAGAGAAGCCUUUUUAAAGUCGCGUUAACGUGAGUAUAAGUUGAAAGUCAUGUGAGUCACAUACUUUACUGUGAAGUGACUCAGAUGAAAGACUCUCAGGACUCUGAUCCUGGACUGAGGAGCUGCAGCGGUCUCCUCUCCAGCACGCUGUGCUGUCAUGAUCCAGUGAUUCCUCGCCUUUACAAUCUGUAACAUUCCUCCGAGCUUCUGCUUGCUCACUCUGCCUCAUCGUGUUGUCACCCCCCGCUGCUCCCUUCUCUCCUCUCUCUUCUUCUUCUCCUGCUUUUUUUUGAUUUCCCCUCUGGAAUGUGACCUCUGGGGACCUUGACCGGCCCUCUUGGGGAUUUUGCACACUCGGAGGGUUCUCAAUAGGACCCAGGGGCCUUUUCACAAGGACGCUCCUUUCCUCUAGACUAGCCAAGUAAGGAUACACCUACAACUUUCCCACCACUCACGCUCUGUUUCCAGAGUUUGUGAACCUGGGACAUUUUUAACAUACUUGGAAGACCCAGAGACUAACAAGGAGGAACAGUUUUAUAGCUUUUCUUUGGCUGGCGUUUGGAAACCAUACUUAAGAUGGGGACAUGAACCACAGUUUUUACGUAUGUUUACAUUAACACAUGAUUUGGUUUUAGUCAAGCCAAUAGGAAUCUAUCUAAAUGUCCCUUGUGCAUGAACAUUUUCUCUUCGUUUGAUCAUAUUCAGAGGGGGAAUCCUUGUAUUUUAAACCUGUCUGUGAUUUUGACAUUUUAAGGGUCUAAUGUUAAAGAACCUCUGAAUUUCUGGUCUACAUAUUGUGCGGUAGAUCAUCAACUCCUUUUUCUAAAAGGUAAAAUCACAGUUUUUAACAACAGGGUUUGGAGAGAUUUUGGAAAAGUACCGUAACAGCUAUUUGUUUCUUAUUAAAAUAGAUUGUAACAUGACUUCUCCAACCUGUAGGUCAGCCUGACCCAAGUAUGUGUUAAAAAAAACAAGGUCACAUGAACAGAAAGCUGCAGAAUCACUCUGCAUUUCUUCUCUUGGUAUCUGCUGCCCGUGGUCAUUCCUCUCUGGACCUCUGUGACUUUUCCUCCCUUUAUUCUUCUCUUUCUCUCCUUCUCUCCUCUUUGAUGGAUACUUAGCCCCUGAGCUAUGACAAUCCUCCUCCACCUCUCCCUCCCUCCCUCUGUCCAGCUCUUUCUUCUCUCUUUCCUCUGAGGUCAUUGCUGGUAUGUGGGUUUGGCGUUCCCAAGCUAAUCGAUAACAACGUUCCUCUACCUGACAAAAGAAGAGACUUUGAAUACCUAAGAGGUUUUUUUAGGAGCUGCAGGCAUGAUUGGAAUGUUUUUAAUCAAUGGUCUUUGUCUGAGGCUUAUAACGUGAAAAUCUGGGAAGUUUUGGGUUCUUGAAGAAGUUUGCCGCCUAGUUUAGAAGUCGCAUGUGGAAGUUUCAAUUUUCUGCUGCGUGACCGAGCUUUAUCAGUUUGUCCUGAACAAAUCCUGUUCUUCAUGCUUUAUUUCCACUGACCUCAGCAUUUUCUGCCCUUGUAUGGACACAUGUGCUUUAGUACCGGAGUUACACGAAAGUUAAAGACCAGCGAGAAAAGCUUGAAGUGGAUAGAGUGUAAGUGAAAUCUUCUUAAUUGGAAAAAGUCAGAAUUACACACACAUUUUGUGGUUUUCUCACUGCAAUAAUCUGAGCCAAACCACCUCAAUUUACCAAAUGUGCUGCUGACGGUAACUGCGGCGGUUAAUCAGGGUAAAAAUCCUCUUUUCCCCCUGGAGUUAAUCCAUGUUGCACCACCAAACCUCAGCUUGUUGCCUUUGGAGCCCCAAGGAAAGAGUCCAUUUGUUAUAUCUUGUAGGAAUGUGACUGGUUUUGCAUUUAGCCCCUGUUGAUUUGCACCAGAAUGAGCCAGUUUUUAAGGAAGCUUUUUUUUGUCUCUUUUGCAUGAUGGGGUGCUCUGAAAGCCUGCGCAGUGAAAAGAACGCAGCGCAGGAGGGAGGGGAGGGGGGGGAGCAUGAUAAAUAGUAUCACUAGGAUGUAAUAAUGGUUCCUGCAUUGCUGUCCGCUGGUCUAUAAAAUCCCUUUGGGCUGAGGAAUGUUGGCACGGAGAGAGGAGGGUUUUGUCCUUCCUGCCUGUGAUGGAGGGCAGGCGAGAAUCUGAUCCCCCCCCCUCCCUCCACCCUGUUCAACCGCUACAUACUCUGGCACUGCUGACAGGAACUAUAUGAAUACAUUCAGGGCAGAAGUCGACCAUGAAACCCCUCCUUAGCUGGUUAUCUCACAUUCAUUUAACUCUCUUUGUGAUUUUCUUUUUGUUGGAAACACUUUCAAGUUAAAGAGUCUGGACCUUUUUACAACCGGGCACAAAUGGGAAGCAUGAGCAACUGGCCCAUUUCCUAAGACAUUAAGUUUGUCCAUAAUUUAUCUGUCGGGGGUAAUAAAAAGUUUGAGAAAAUACUCUUGACUGGUCUAGACGCCACGCCAAUCCACUGCUCAGUAGAUAAUACCCUCCUACAUUAAUAGGAUUUUAAUCAUUUCCACUCAUGACGAAUGGAGUCGUUUCUUUGCAGACAGCAUAUGCGCUAAAAUGCAGUGCCUGUUAUUUUUAAGUCCUGUGGCACAAACAAGUUUUUAUAAGUAAUCCUCUGGAGUAAACACAGACAGACUCUUUAUUAAAUAAUAAAACUCAAACAAUUCUAGUUCAAAAAUAAAUAACUUCUCCUGAAUAUGAAACUGGGCCUGAUGAAUUAACAUCUAAAACCGAAGUGAUUUUGGUGUUGUGUCUCGUGAAUAAACUACAUCCCUGUAUGUUGAUCACUCUUUGGCCAUUCUCACAGUAGCAGCUUUCCAAAGUUUCCUUCAGUUUGCCCUGCUGUUCAGCUGCACACUAACUCAUUUCUAAAAGCACCUUUUAUUUUUGUUUGCUCCAUGCACGCUAUCAUUAACCCCCUGUAAACAAGCUUACGUUUUCCAAAAGGUUAGUCUCAAAGUUCCACAGAACUUCUUUUAAACCCUCCAAAACAAAAUGUCCUGAGCAGCAGCAGCAGCACAUCCAUCCAUCCUGGGAACUGUGCAGCCUCACACAGCAGCUUCCUCCCUCAUCCCUCAAAAGAAAAUGUGUUGUGGCUUUGCGGUGACCAGUAAAAUUAUAGAGGGCCUCGUCCUGAACACAGAAUACGAUCCGGGCUGUGUUUCCAUCGGGGAAUGUGUGAGCGAGCCUGCAGGGAGGCUGUUUGAUGUGCAGCCUCUGCUGUCACACUCUGACAGAUGGUUGUUCCAGGCCCCAAGCCAGACUGUUAGCGGCUAUCAGCGCUAAGCUAACCCCUCCCCUGCUGAAUGACUGUAUCUGACUGUAAAAUGUGAGGGAGGGAACCUGAAAUCUAAUAAUCAAGAACCUCCUCCCUCAGGCAAGAUACAGCACAGAUAACCCGAUGAGGCCUGUUUGAUGUCUUUAAUGUGAUUAUAUAAUCUGACCGGCGUUUACAAUUCAUAUUGACACUUUCAGGGGACGUUCACCAGUCAAAUAAAAAAAGAGAGGCUCUGCAGUCAGUCAUGUAUUUAUCUUUCUGUGUAGACCAGAGCUGUCAAAGUGAGUUUCCUGGUGAGAACCACACAUGGUCUUUCACAGAUAACUUCACAAAGGUGGUUUUUGCUGCAGUUUUAUGGAAAGUACACUCUAUUUGAAAUUCUCUGGGUGUUUAUUGGAAAUGCCCUCCAGGAAAUGAAACUUGAGCGACCGAAUUUCAAGAGAACUUUUCAUAUAAAACCACAAAAACAAACACACUGUGGAAGCCACAGUGGGGGUUUUGUUGGUAGGAGGAUUUCCCCCGAUCCAGACGUCCUUCCUCACAAAUGCGCCUCAGUAGUACAGUUCCUCUUUGAUGUGGUGUGUGGGUAAGUGUGUGUGAGAGUGUGCACAGCACAUGUGUCUCAGUAUUAUUGUGUGUGAACAUGUGUGAGUGUGUGGGGUCUACUUUUCUGCAGUAGACCACCAGGGGUUUGGUCAGCUAACCAUGUGGGCGACACAGACAGUAAAUAAACUUGAUGUCAACAACAACAGAAGCAGGUUUGGAGGGUCCAGAUCCACGUUCACCUGCCUCUGACUCGGUCAUAUUUUAUUAUUUGAGUGGUUGUGUGUAAUUGGUGUCUUACGACUUCUCCCCAUCAGAUUUCAGAUGACAGAAACUGUGUCCCGAUUCAGGAAAGCAUCCUCCAACUCUUGGCCUCUUGAUGAGUCGACUGAAAGAAAGGUUGAGUCAGCAGUUCCAACAUGCCAGCUGUUACUACAGGCUUAAAAAAUCUGCUUCAGAAACCAGCUACUGUCCGCCAGCUUCUCUUGUGCAGACCAAGUCCAGCCAUGAAAAAGCAUGGAUCUCAAAAAUGAGAUGAUCCUGUUUUGUCACUAUUUUCCAAAGUAGUGAAUAUUUGUAGGGUGUUACUCCUUCCUCCUCCAACAAAAAAGACAACUGCGUGUGAAAGGGUCAAAACACCGGCUCAUGUAAACCCUGAGCAGAACCAUGACGGCAUUUCUCAGUGGUUUGGUCCAAGCUCUUGGAUACCGUGUCUCUCUGAGGAGUUCAUGGUUGUGUUAUAGAGAGGAGAGGAAUGUGGUGACGGGCUGUGUAACCACUUAUCUGACCCACACAUUCCUCAGCAGCUACAGCCACAUACAUCCUGUCACACACUGUAACAUGUCAAUCUGUGGUUCUCUCCGGUGAGGGGGAGACUUUCCUGUCUAGAGGUAAACAUCAACAGCGCUGCAAACAGUUUCAUACCCUCCCACAGACUUAGACAGUCAGGUGGGGAUAUACUGCACAGACUCGGUGUUUCCUGAGGUCACAGAUUCAGGACUCAAACCAGAAGAUUUUCCACCGUUGCACGAGGCUUUGAGUUUUACGACCAGCUGACGGUGAACAGUUGAGGUCACAGGAGCGAGCCUCUACUCCAGAAAAACUCGUGAUUUCACUCCAACUGAAGGAUAUUUUUUAAUGGAGUAAAUAAAUGUUGAUUUACAAUCAGCUUUAGUCUAGUUGCGUGAACCGAAAUGAGGAUGUCAAGGUGAUAUUUAUACGCCCAAAAGCUGCAGCUAAUGAUUGAUUUCUGUGCUAACAAAGGGAAAACUCAAAGAAAUGAAAUUUAAUAAAACCCUAAGAGCUCAUUUUUUACAUUUCAGGAGUAAAUACGCAACAGGAUUCAGAAACUCCUUUGUGGUUUUGUCUGGAUUAGUCAUUUGUGAAAUAGUUUCAGCUUUUUAUUUUUUGUUUCAUCUAAGAGUCAGUGUUUUGUUGAGUUGCUUAUUUUUACUGUUAGAAAAUUGUUUGAGUAAAAAUUUCCACUUCAAACUUAAGUGCUGGUGCUGAUUACUCAAACCCAGUCAAAGUCCACCAGAUUGAUCAGUACCAGAAACUUCUUCACGACAAGUCUCUUUUCAUCAAAUUCGUCGAGUUAUUCAUAGUGUGACCCGUCCCGUGUUAUGAGUAAGGCUGGCUCAGGCAUUAAUGUGUUGUGGACGAUGUUGAAGAUUAACCCCCGACAUAAAGAGCUCUCUUUAUUGGCAGUGAUUAAACAUUACCAUUAGCCUGAGUCACUUUCAAAGGAAACUGUUUGAGCUGUAAUUCAGAUGAACAUGAGACUCAUUCAAAGUGUUAACGGCAUCUUUCUCUGUGAAUCACUUUAUCACUUUAAUUCUCUUCCACCUAACAAAAGCCUCCUUUUAAGCUUUAAAUCCAGUUACGUUCGAGUGUUUUCUGGUGUUAUGAGCUAAAAACAAGCUGAUCCUCAUUUAUGAAGCAGGGAGAGUCCAUUUAAGCAUCUCCACUUGGGAAUGAAUCAGUGUCUUUGUGAUUCAGGAUGAAUGAAUGGGUAUCUUCAUAUGUCCUAAACCACUGCAAAAGUAUAAAUAAGUCAGUUAUUUCCAGCUUGUAUUCAGAGUUACGCUGUUUUUAGGAUUCUGGCCUUUAGCCUCGAACACUGAGUUAAUUUCUCCUUGAUGGAUAUUUCCUGUUUGUUGCCCUCGUCUUAUUAUAUCCUGCUGUUCAAAGUCUAAAGCCGAUCGUUGGCUGAUAAAACUCUUCGGCGGGUCACAUUCAGUCUGUUGAGCCGUAAUACGUUUGAUGUGAGGCAGCGAUAUGCUCGCUUGAAAGUCGGACAUCAAAGACAUGGACGAGCAAGGAAAAGUAAGGGAGACAUUAGUGAGUCUGAGUCGCUGCAGGCGUUUGGCUCAUUUGUCCGUCAGUCAUGAGUUUGGUUAUUACGGAAAAUCAUCUAAUAGACAUGUCUGCACGGCUUCAUCAGCAGGAGGAAGUGUCCAAUAAAGGCGGUUGUGAUAAGACUGAGAGGGACGCUCAUCAGAACUCAAUUAGGCCUAUUAGAGGAGAUUGAAUCAACAGAGUCUGCAGCACAGCUGGUCAGUCUACUUCAGCUCCAGUAACCAGAAAAUAAGUGAAUUAGGUGACUGACAAAGUGAAGUGGAGGCUCAGUGCCAACAGGGGUUCUUAGCAGCAGGGACGCACUGAUUCACCAGGUGAACAUGGGUAUCGGCAAAUAUUAGCACUAGGGCUGUCCCGAUACGAUAUUGAUAUCAGAUAUCAGCCAAAAAACAAAUAUCAAAUUAUAUCGGCCCACAUCUAAAGUCUCCGAUAUCAGCAUUCUGAUGCAAGCAGUCCAUUCAAGACUCCCCUCCAGCACCUCUAACUAGCAGCACCCGGAUCCAGCAUGAUCACGUGAUCACAAUAACAGCGUGUACUAAACUAACAAAGUAGCGAGGAGUAGGAGUGAUGUCAGCUGUGUGGCGGUAUUUUUCGCUAAAGUCCGAAAAAGACAUUACAGCUGAGUGCAAAACUUGUCAUGCACAAGUUUGUGCUAAUCAGCCGAUACUGAAGGCUACAAUAUCGAUAUCGUAUCAGAAGUAAAAAAAAAUUGUAUCGGGACACCCCUAAUUUAGCACUGUUGAUGGACAUCAGCACAUCGACAAAUGAUGGGUGUCAGCUGCUGAUGUUUAUCUGCAUCCUCAGGCAAACUAUCAAAGAGCUUUUUAUGAAGUACUCUAAAGGAAGGAUCAGUGGCUGUGUAAGUACAUCAAAUCUGAUAGCUCAUUUAAAUAUCGGAUACAAUGAAAGGAACAAAGCUGAGUAGCGUGUCCGUAAUGGAAUGGUUGUUCAAGAGAUGCACAGUGGAGGAUUUUUAUCCGUCUGCUCGGGACACUUCAAACUACAUACAGUGGACACAGCUGGCGCCUUGUUAGUACCCUAAGUGGUCUGAUGGUGCACUUUACUAAUGCAUCACCUUAUCAGACCUAUUCUGCAGAAAUUCUUGUAUCUGGUAAUUUCUCAGCUGUUUUGCUUUUACCGGCUGUUACUGGAAAUCCACUGAUAAUCUUGCAUCCCUAAUUUCUUUUUCAGUCUGGUACUAAUAGCCUUUGAACAUCAGGCACUGGAGCUGAAACCUGAAACUUCAUGCUCCACCCUGCAACAAAGCCAUAUAAGUCAAGUGGUGGUUGGUGUCUGUGUGUUACUUAUUUUGAGUUUGACUCCAGGUGACAGAUACGUUAGUGUAAUGUGUUCUUUAGAGCAUGUAGUCUGACACUUCUGCUGCAGGUUUUCUUUGGUGAUUUUAUCUGACUGUGCUGACACACUCUGCUUUAAUAUGUAACAUUAGUGUUGUCACGAGUUUAAAUGGAUUUUCUCAUUUAAGAAUUUAAAUAGGUAAGAGUCUCCUGGACCCCUAAACAAAAAGAAUUGGAGUCUGGAAUCAGUAGGAGCCUGUUGCUCUGACUUAUUUCAUUAAAGACCCACUGAUGAAAAUCAUGUUUUUCUUGUUUUUUAUAUGUUCAUGUGGCAUUUUCUGAUGCUACAGGACAUAUCAUGAGAAAAAUAUGUACGAAAUUGCAUUUCUGAGUAUUUCUGCAUGCAAAUCGCUGUGAAUCUCUGGCAGACCUAAACGGCAGGCUCAGACACUGUGAGAUUUCCUAUGUAGCAAAUCCAAGCUCCACCCUCGGAGCCCCACUGUACAGGCCAUACUCGGAAAAGUAGAGAGGACUAUCACGGAACAAGUGUGUGCAUUAGCGGAUUGCAACGCUCAUGAGAAAGCUAACUAUGAUAUUAGCUUUCAUCAUGUCCCUAAAGACAAUAGUGUCCGAGAGCGGAAUAGCUCCUAUGUAACCCGCUACUUCUACUACACCUGCAAUGUUAGGCUACAAGCUAGCAUAAAGAGGAAUGCGCAGAGCAGCACUAUCUCUGCCCAUGACUCAGAGGUGAAUUACUAAUGAGCUACUGGAGCUGAUUACGAUCGGAGUGGGACUUUACGGAGAAAUAAACAUGAUGUCAGGGGGGGCUGCCAGCUGAGCUGCCACUGGAUGGUGUAGGGUGCAAAGCUCUUCUAAAGCUCAAGACUUUAAUAGUGUUUCAGUGGUUUCAAGUCUUUUCCAGAGAGCCACAGAGGUCCACAGGACUGUCUUUACAUCUAGAAUCAGUCAAAACCAAUGUAUCUCUGAUUUUAAUAAUCAGGAAACAGUGUCAGAAGGGGCUGCAAGCUGAGCUUCCACCAAGGUGCAAGGGUUUGAUCAACACACGUAGGUUAACUGUUUUUUAUUGAAACAUCUGCUUCCUUUAAAACUGUUUUAAAGCGCUUGGGGGGGCUGUGAGCCAAGCUGUGUUAAGUCUUGGUCAUUUUAAACUAGGGUAGAAGGGGAGAAAACAGUUCAGAAAUGUCAAGGGACCCAGAUUUCGAGCUGGGUACAUGCUUACUGAGUUCAUCGUUGAGCAGUGUUUACUGUUAGGAUUCCACCUGGUAUGCGUAACCUACAGAUAGAGGUUAGGGCUGCGCGUUAUGUUCCCACAGAGUCUCACACGGAGCUGGUAGGUGGAAAUCUUGCUAUAGAUAGAGCAGGCGUAGGUAGGAGGAAUCUGGAGCUCGGCUGUCAGAGCAAAAGUGCAAAGGUGUGUGUGUGUGCGUGUGUGUGUUAGAGUUACAGUGUACUCCCUCAUGUCUCUCUGAGGACAAAGAGGCAUGUAAUGGAAAUACAUGGAUGUUUUUGGCCCUCGAAAGGACGAUACGUAGGGGAUACCAAGGGAUCAGUGCAAUCAGUUCAACAUCGUAAUAACCUCACAUGGGAUCCCUCCCUAUGUGGCCCUUUGGAUGUCAUAAACUCAAGCCCUGCACUCCCGAAGAGUGUAAGUGUAGAGUUACAUCAGGGGUCAGAAGUGCAUCUUACAAGCAGAUCAAGCGACACAAUACUUGGUGCAAAUCCUUCUGGUUCGAGUAUCACCCAGCAGCAGCAGGGGGGAGGGGGAAAGUGGAAAAACAGGAUUGGGAAUGGAGGGAGAAAUAUGUGGAGAAAGAAAAAUAAAGUAUAGAGGAGGUGAGAAAGACAAAUAGAGUGCCACUUUAGACUGAAAAUUUAUAUGGACAGCGUGCUCUUGAGAGGUAAUGUGGGAUUGUGUGGUUAAACAGCUGGAAUCAGGAAAGAAAAGGGUUGGAAAACUACAAAAAUGGCCUGAAAGGUCAAGAGACGUUGGACAUCACAAAGAGUAAGGAAGCACAUUCCUGGAGCUGGUGUUUCUUUUCUGUCUUUAGAAAGUUUGUACCUCCUCCACGCCGCUGUGUGAAUGGACCAGAUGCCUCUCCCUGUGUCGGCAGAUGGAGGGAUUGUUUCCCCAGUUUAAUGAAGGGAGGCUGCUGGAGGCUUAUCCCCGGUUACCUUGGUCAUUGAUAUGCUCUUGAGGAGUCCACCAGCAUUGUUUGGUGUCAAUGAAAGGGACAGACCCGGAGGCUGGGUGGCGGGUGUCUUGACAGACUGCUUUCAGAGCGUGUGGACAAUCGGGAGGAAUUGGGAAGUCUGUAGGACCUCCAUGUUGUGUCAGGCAGGAUAAACAAGGAAGACAGUGAGGGCCAAACGUUUGUGGCGAGAUGCGGUUUACUUUUAGCCUGUGUUUUCAUUGAAAUAAGAAGAAGCUGAGGGUUUGAAUCUCUCGGGAUAGACAACUAUAUGCAGAAGUCCUCAGUCGCAAUGUGACAUUCAGCAUGUCUGUACCCAAGUUGUUCCGCUUCUUUUUCAUUGUCUCAUGUUUUUAUUCAGCUCCUGUGGUCUCUAAUCUGCGAGCUAAGACCUGCUUUUUGUUUAGUUGUGUCAGAUGUGAUAAUGUUGAGCUCACGUGGUGGCCUUGUCUGUCUUUUGCUCGGACUCAACACAGCCAAACAAGCUCUGCAAUUAAGAGGCUUUUAUUAAACAAGGGGAAUCUUUGUUUGGUUGAAACCUCGUGGUGGACUGAGAGUCCUGAAUAAAAAGGUCAUUUGAGUUGCUAAGUGUUUACAAAGCAGAAAUCACUGCCUCAGUAAAAAGAAAAAAAAAGUUUCAGAGUUUGGAUGAACUGCUCGGAUCGUCUUGUUAUUGUGCGUUUUGGUGAAAACUUGGCGUUCGUCACUUCCAGACUUCUCACUUGGCUCUUUCUCAUCCAUUCAGCUGGCUUUAAAUCUUUUGGUUUGGCUCUUAUCCUGUUAUCCGACAUUUGACAUUCAUACAGAUAUAUGAGACUGUAAAUCACAGAUGGGAUGAUCCAGUUUUCUUAAAUCAGUAUUGCUCAAACCGCUUACAGAUGACUGCCUCUGCCAGUUUUCAAUCAAGAGUUUCUACCUGAAAAAAGAUUCAGCUUUGUGGUAUUCACUGGGGGUCUGGUUUUCAAAAACAUAAUUGAUUUUCAAUUAUUUGUAUUUUACAUACUUAGACCUGAUCUUGUUUCGUUUAAAGAGGACUACAAUCAAUACAAACAACAGACCCUAUUCUCCCGACUUAACAAUAAAUCUGUUUAUUUACACAGUUUUGAUGUAUCUAUUGGUCUUACAACAUUUAAGUGGCCUUAAACCUCAAGGUGAAUGAAAUAUCCCAAAUAUCACUUCAGUAUUGUGAAGUCAGCUCAGAUCCUUCUUCAGUUUUGUCUAUUUCUCUGAUGUCUAAGGACCAUUUAAAAUUUUAGAGUCAUCAAAAUACUGUUAAGAAAUGAGUAGUUUUCUUCAUGGAGUUGUUUUCUCCAGGACAUGUUUGUCAGUUUGGAGUCGCCUCAUAUCUGAACCACUGCGAGCUCCCAUGAUAAACACACAGCCAGGACUGACUGAGGCUGCCUGCUGUCAGGACAGUAAGAUUUAAAGCCCCCUGAGUUUGCUUGAGGCAAAUCUGCGGAGAGAAAGGAAAUCUGUUUGGUAACAAAAUUACAAAAUACUGGUGCACUCGAGCUUGGUGGCCUUAAGUUUCAAGAUCACAUAUUUAGGGCAGCUCAGUCAAUUGUGAUGUCAGAUGAUGGCAGAUCUUCGAAGUCCAAAGUUACUGAAAAGUAAAGUCAAAGCAUACUUUCUGCAGGCUCUACUCUGUGGUGUUACAUUUGUCCAACCAAACCACAGAGUCCCUACAAAUCUGUUGUGUAUCUGAUACGCUUUAUUGACAAACAAGUCCAUGAAUCUGCGAGCGGGCAGCCAGGACUGAAUGGAUGUUGGGAUAAUGAAUCACACAGGCUGUGAUCCAGUCAUUGUAAAAUCACCAUGUGAGCACUCAUUUCCAUGGCAGCUGGGUUAUAUAACCUCAGUUCAGGCUGUUCUCUGCUCCCUGCUCCAGUCUGUUCUGGUUUUAGACGAAGCACGAUGUUAAAUUGAUGCAUACUUUCAUAGGAAGUAUGAAAUGAACUUUUUUCAAACUUUUGAGAUUGUUACAACACAAUUUUGUCUUUCUAUUUCAUCCUCUGCUCCGUUUUGUUUUUUUUACUGUACUGUCUCAUAACACAUUCUUUGACUGAGUUUGUUUUUGUCCAGGCAGACAGGGACUUGGCCUGAAUCCUUUCCUGGAUUUGCCUCCUGGGAUAACAUAGUAAAGAUGGAAUAUUCCCAGAUCUGAUAGGAAAGUCAAGCGCUGCCGUCUUAAAAGAAAAAAUCCUUCAGUUUUUUUUUUUUAUCUUUACGUUUCUCCUCUGUUGCGUUGAAUAAUCCUGGCAGGUUGGGACAGGCCUCUGUAUGUGAGGCAGCGAACUGUUGUUUUAGAGCCCAGCAGCAGCAGCAGCAAAUGGCGUAGUGUCUUUUAGCACGUCUCCUUAGGACACUGACGUAUGUCCACAUUUCACCACAGGGGGUUCAAAGGUCAGGGGCAGCCAGGAGGAAAGAGUUUGUUGACACCCCAGGGAACUGGCUGGGGGGGCAGAAGUCAGCUUUUUUGGGUACAGAAUAGUUUAACUUCAGGCAGUAAGAGGCCUCUGAAAACUGUAUGUUUAACAAAAAGACACCUUGCUGUACUCAUGAUCAAUCCAAACACAGUCUGAACUCUGGAAGAAGGGGAGCUCUACCUUCAAAUACAUCAUCAAUGUUCCUCAGAUGAUGCGUGAAAAAACAGAAAUGUAGCAAAUGAGAGCCAAAGACUGAUCACUCUUUUCAGUCAUGGAAGUUUUCCUCCACAUGAAUUUGUCCUCUUCUUGAGGACUGUGCAGCAACAGUUCCUAUCAUUCUGAUGUUAAACUCUGCCUUAUGGUUAUCAGAACUUAAAAUAAUGGAAGAGUCACACAUCUUACCCAAAAUGGGUCUGAAAAACAACACCGUUCUCUCAGGUGUUGUACCAGGUUUGGCAGAACUUUGUUAAUCACCCUCACAGCCUUUAAACCCUAAAAAAGCAGAAUAAAACAUGUCUGAGGGGAAGCUUUAAAACAAGUGUCUGAAUGGAUCUGACUCAUGCUGGCAGACUUAAUAGAAAAGGUCUGACUCAGAUGAAUCCAUAUUAUCAUCUGAAUGAGUGUGAUUCCCAUAAAGUGACUCAGCGGGCCUGUUCCAGCACGCUUUAGCUGGUAGCAGCAGUCGACUCCCGUCUGAAUGGCAGCGAGGAAAUGAAGAGCCAGUAGUCACCAUUUUAAGGCUUAGGAUUAGGUACACACACACACACACAUUCACAAAGGCAUAGGGGAAUGUGCGCUUACACACACACACACACACACACACAGGAUGGCAGCUCCCCUGUGUCCUUGUAAGGUUUAAAUGAGGACAUAAUAGAGCAGUGAUCCUGGGGUGCUCGUACCCUGGGAGUCACUCGUAUGGUUUCCAGGGACGACACAGAGAGAAUGUGCAGUUCUCAUAAGAGCUGAAACCGUGGUUUAAUUUAAAAUGAACAGUUAGACUGAGACCUGAAUAAAAACUACAUCAUGGAUUUUAAGUUUAGUGAUUUCAAGUAGAGAUGUCCCGAUACAACUUUUUGACUUCCGAUAUGAUACCGAUAUUGCAGCCUUCAAUAUUGACCGAUAUCGAUCAGAUAUUGGCACAAAUUUGUGCAUGACAAAUAUUUUUACUCAGCUGCAAUGUCUUUUUCAGACUUGAACAAAAAAUGCUCUUACUCUUUGCUACUUUGUUGGUACAUUAGUACUAACUGUGAUUUUGUGGGCUCAGCUUGCUGGAUCAGGGCGCUGCUAGAUAGAGGUGCUGGAAUUUUAGAUGCAGGCCGAUAUAAUCCGAUAUUCAUUUUUUGUUUUUUGUUCUGCUGAUAUUGGACCGAUAUCCAAUAUCAUAUUGGGACGCACCUAUUUUCAAAGUCCAUUUUUGAUCAGCCUAGAAAUUUAAUGGUCAGACUCAACAGCAUGUGUAUCCCAUGAUCUGAAGGUAGCUAAUAGUGGCGAAUCGAGAGUGAGGAAAAGCUUACCAAAAGUGGCGUAAAGAGCUGGAGAUAAAGUGAGCUGGAAGCUGACAAUAAAAGUUUAGAAAAGUUAAUGAGAAGUUGGGAAUCUAUGUUUUUGAACAGUAAAAUAUGACGUUUGGAGCAGGUUUGACAAUGAAAUGAGGUUUCAAACCAAGUAACAGUAGAUAUCAGACUUCUCUAGGGUUGUUUUUAAAGUAGCAGGUUCAGAACAAGUGGAAAAUAGUGGACAGACAAAAAAACAAAGCUGUUGCUAAACAAAGGACAUGAGUCAUGAUUAGCCCACCUUGCUGCUCGCAGUAAAAUGGGCUCCUUGUUUGAAGCCCUUGUGCAGUUACAAUGAGGGCCUACCCCUCCUUUCCAGUCAUAUUGGCUACUUUUAAGGGGAGAGGCAGAGGGGGGAUUACCUUCAAACACACAUGGUUAGUAUGCCAAGUAUUUGAGAACACACACAGAAUGCUGGGAGGCCCCCGGCAGGAUUAACCACCAGCUAACCCUUCAAAUUAAGACUCCUUACGAGACUCAGAUGGAAGUAAUUAUGAGGAGAACUCAUGAUGUCAACAGGCCUCAUCUCUGCGUAAGAAGGGGGAGUAAAUGGGGAUGCUGUGGGAUGCCCGGGCAUGUUUCCAGUGUGAUUUGUGGUGCGCUUUUGUUCUCUCUUAAUGGACGGCUUGGUUUGGGAGAAAAAUAAAAGUUUAUUCUUCUUUUUUUCUCAACAGUCUGCCUCCAAACACACAAAAGGUUAUUUAUCAGUCCAAUUUAAAAACGGACUUCUGUUCAGAUCCAUUUCACAUCAAUUAUAGUGAAUAUAUCUGAAGAAAAGUUUAUGAUCUCCUGGUUCUAGACAUAAAUAAAAAGCUUCAGCUGAAGGGCACUACAUGAGGUCACUGUUCUGGUCUUCAGUCUUGGGAACUUAGAUUUUUCUGAAAGUAAAUAAAGGUGAGAAUGAGGCAAACAGGUCAGGAGCUUUAAAUGAGCUCCACUUUGAGCUUUCCUCGCCUUGUUCGAAACCCCCGUCCCUCAUGUUUACUUCAACCCUAAUGCUGAUUAACUGUGUGUGUGUGUGUGUGUGUGUGUGUGUGUGUGUGUGUGUGUGUGUGUGUGUGUGUGUGUGUGUGUGUGUGUGUGUGUGUGUGUGUGUGUGUUAAUCCCAUUCACGCUGCUUACCCAGCAAAUGGUUAAUGAAGUUUAGUGUGCUAAUGUGAUUAAAGGAGGUGGAUGUGUCUUCAUUAUGCAAAGCUUCACGCUGAUUAAAGCUGCUGCAGUGACUCGACUCUUUAACGAUCAUUUUCGUCGUCGUUUCUUCUUGAUCUCUUUCUUCAUUUCUGUCAUUAAUCUGAAGAGAUCUUCUCACAGACCUCUUUACGCCUCCAGAUCAACAAAGAUUUUGAGACGAUGAUGAGUCUGUUUUUAGGAGUUUUAGGGCUUUGAUUGAAGCCACUUCUUGUUCUCCUAUAUGUUCUCCAUAUAACUAGAAAUUUGACAACCUGAACUCAAAUGUUAAAUGAACUGAAGAGUUAUAAUAAUGGGUUAAAAGAUGAGAAACAGGCACAUUUGAAGAGCAAAAGGGGAUGUUUGAACGAAUGUAUCAUGUCAUGUUUGAGUCUGGAGCUGGAUAAGAGUUGAUCCAUACUGUGAUCAAACUUCUUGGAGAAUAUCACAGAUUUUUUGAUGAAUCUUAAAGUGCUUCAUUUCCUCCAGAUAAAGUAAAUCUUAAAGGGUACUUGAUUCUGGCGCCCCCUGUGGUCAAAAUGACGCCUCUUCUCUUUGCUGAUCUUCAGGUGGACGUGUAUGAGAUGUGUGAAAAAUGUCAUAUUGCUUUCUUUGAACAGCUUAGGCAGCUUACAGAGUCGGCAGACAAAGAUCCUGUAUUUUUUUUAAUCAGCUUCAUGAUCUUAAACACGGACUGCUGCUGCUGAUUACUUCAAAAAGCUUUUAAUCAGCCUGAUCAAUCGGUUCUCCUCAAGUUGAAAUGUGUACUCAUCCCUUUUUUUGUAAAAACCGCAGCUUUUGUCUCUAUGUGGCGUCAUCGUCAGGAAGACACGUGGAUGUGUGGUGAUUUACACCGUUAAACAUCGUGACUCUGUCUAACCGCACGCUUAAACAUUCGUGACACUGACUGGACAGUCCAGACCUGCUUUGUUGACCCUGUUUUCAGGCCUGGCUGCAGAAAGAAGAAGUUAAAACUGGUCCUUUUCUCUAAAACGUGAGGAAUCGCACACAGGCAGAGAGGAUUCAGUGAUUUCUGGUCUGAGUUGUAAUGUGCAGGUUUAGUUGUUGCAGGAUUUCCGGGUGUCUCUGGUCUUGUCACCUCUGUGUUAUUGUUGAGUCUAAUGGCCGUUUCUUCGCUUCUCCAAUUCUUCGCUUCUCCUUGGAGACGGUUUCCUUGUCUAAGAGUUGAGAUGAAGCUCCAGGUGAUGGCUGGUUGUUGCAGUUGUCCCACUGGCCAUUAGAGUAAAUAAUGAACUGUUAUUUGGUGUUUAAUGUUAGUGUCUUCCCAUAAUAAUAGUCCCUGGAAAAUUUAGCUAGGAUUAGUCCAGUUUUUCUAAAGCUGUUGUUGCACCACAGCCUUAGAGGUGUCAGUCUGUCUUCAGGGCUCAGCCAGAUGGACCAGUUUGAGGUAUGAACUAGAGGAUGACUGUUAAAGAUUGAGCAUGUUUUCGAUUCUUCUCUUGAGCCACCGAUGACUUUGAAAACUGAAUUUUUUUCUGUGUAUACCACAAAGACUCUUUACACAGUGGACUGCAAAGCUUUUACCCUCCGCGUAUCCCUCUAACUCCCGCUCUGUCUCUUGUGUCCCAGCAGGUGAGGGAGACGGAGACAUGGAUGCCCAUGAAGACCACACAGACCGCCGCCAUGUCGACGUCACACCGUGAUGACCUGGAGUCAUCAGGAGACUCCCCCAACGGCUCAGACUUCGGCUUCACGGACGACGAGGAAGAAGAAGACGAUGAUGACUACAUGGAUCAGGACGAGGAUGACUACUACCCCAACUACGACGACGAGGACGAGUAUGAUGAGGACUUCUCAGGAUCUGGUGACGGAGGUUUGUCUCUAGAAAUACUUUCUGAAAAUGUAGAAAUUCACGCAGGAUUUUAUUCUUGGAUUUAUCUCUUGAACUGUAAACUUAAAAAAAAAAUGUCUUUCUACAGAAACAACAACAACAGUGUCACCUCAGAGAGAGACCAAGACAUCAGCCAAGGUGAGAAACUUACUUUUUAUUUAACCGAAAUUUGACCAAAGCUAAAGAUAAUACGCUUGAUCCAAGUGGGACUUCAGUGAUUUGUAAUCCAGGUUUUCAUGAAUAUAAUUUCUUCAGGCUCUAAUUUUUUAUCCUUUUUUUUUUUCACCAAAAAUGACAUUUCUUUUGUUCCGCCCUGUGCAAAUUUUACAAAGUUGAUAUUCGAGAUGCUUUACUUUCACAAGCCUUAAAAGUGCAAUAUUAAUUCCGCAAAACCCCACAAUAGAAAACACCUGAACUGCGGCCUUUUCUAAUCAGUUUUUUUUUUUCUUUAAUUUAAUCGAGUGAAGUUUUUCAGUUAUUUUUCAUGCUUUGCUGCAGGCACACUGAAUCUUUUUUUAGGUAAAACCAGUCAAAGAAUGUUUUGAACCUCUUUCCUUCUCCUCCUGCAGCCCAACGUGAUCGAUAACAGAAUCCCUGAUGUGGAGGACUCGGUGCAACCAACUGUUAAUGAGGUAGAGAUCGUCCAGAAAAGCAACGAGAUCCCAAUGCUGAGGAACCAGGGCGGCGAGGAGCACCCGUCCAACGUCCUCAUGUCCCACGCCAGUGACGACAGCAUCUUCAACAAGACAGAGGUCCUCGCAGGUCAGUGAGAAAUCUGAGAAAUCUCAAAUCCAUAGUCUGAUUUGUUCGUUUAGAUCAGGCACCACUCAUCACUGGUAAACCCUCAAUCAAAAAGCUGAGCAAUUGAAACAGUGUGUCACGAGAAGGUUCAAGAAAAUAGGCGGUUUAGAGCGACCCUCUCACAGCAAUUACAGCCUUAAAAAUGACAAUGCAGAAAUUGUCAGUUUUUAAAGCUCCUUACAGUAGCUUUAAAAUGUGUUAACUGGGUUUAGAAAACUGGAGGUCUUAAAUUCGAGAUUGGACAAGUCUGAGGUCAGCCUCAAUAUUUGAUCAUUUCUAUUCUUCCUGGAUAGAAUCAUAUGAAAUUGUAUUAGUCUUUUUCUUAAGGAUACACUCACUCACAUGAUAGAUACUAAAUUAUGGCGUGGGCGUCGAUAAGUAACUUUCAAGAUCUGCUGAAAUGCUCAUAAACUUUGUUGUGUUAAAAAUGUCACGUCUGUGUCUGUUGUCGUUUGUGCAGAAAUGGGGGAAAAAAAAGUCAAAAGUUUCUGGGAGUCAUGAUUCAGACCCAAAUCAGAAACUGUCAAAGCUCUACAGUCCUCCUAUGAAUGUGAGAACUAAAUCUGACCUUCCUCCCUCUCUCCUUCGUCUCCUGCAGCUCUGAUCGCGGGCGGCGCUGUGGGCCUGAUGUUCGCCGUCCUCCUCAUCCUCCUCCUCAUCUACCGUAUGAAGAAGAAGGACGAGGGCAGCUACGAUCUGGGGAAGAAGCCCAUCUACAAGAAAGCCCCCACCACAGAGAUCUACGCAUAGACUCCCCCCCUCUCCUCUCCCCUUCACACACACACACAUACACACCUCACCCCUUAAGAAACCCAAUCAGUGCCUCAUCUUCAUCAUACCUCCUCCUCCUCCUCCUCUGGUUCUACAGCAGAGAGAGAGAAUCAGGACCCCUGACCACACAAUUGAUUGACUCCGCCUCCCUGAUUUCUGCUCGUUAUUGGUGCUCUCUUAACCAAUCAGAGGCUUUCUUUGUCCGUUUGUCUCUCUACGAAUGAGAGGAUCGAGGCAACAGGAUUGGACGACUUCUGCUACGGUACACGGCGGCCAUUUUUUUCUUUCUUUGUGUUUUUUAUUUUUUGUCCCAGUGUCCAGAGAAAAACCACAGAACUUUAACCCCUCCCCUUCCUCCUCCUGUUAAACACUAACACUGUGCAAUGAUUUCAUCUCUGUUUGGUACACAUUUACUGUCCAGUUAUUUAUUUCCCUCCUCCUCCUUUUCCUGUUUCUUGGAAUGCAGAUUCUCACUUUACUGUGGCAGACGACUUUUAAGUGAACAUUUUUUUGAAAGAGCUCCUUGUAACGCAGAGAGACUUUUAUCUGUUUUCUAUUAAAAAUCCCCACAUGAGGGGUCAAAAUCAAGUUUUCAGAGUGAUUUGAAGCUUCAAAAGAACAAAAUUUGGUUCCUUUUAUUCCUUUAGUGCCCCUUGAAUUGUCUAACAAAGGGUCAGAGCGUAUUUGAAAGUUAUUUAGUUUCUGUUUGGAGUGUUUUUAGACGCAGCAGAGUUCAUUAAAUCUACCUUAAAAGACUGAAAACUCUCUGCUGUGUUUUUGUACCUCCUCAUGCCGGGGAAGUCCCAUUAGUCUGGCACGUAGCACCAGAUAAGUAAGCUAAACUAAUCCGGAAGAAGAAUUUGCAAAUACUGUUUGACCCAGGUCACGCGAACACACACUCACACGCACCCUUCCACACUCAUGUUUGGAUCUGAAGUGUUGUCCUCUUCUUGCCAGUUCAGAGUGAUCUUCAAAAGCCUGGAUGAUGUUUUACCACUGUUUUAACACCGACCGCUGCACCUCCAGGGUUUGUUUUUCUGUUAGCACAGUGAACUCGGCCAGAGUCAAAGCAACACGCUCCUGCAGGGCGACACACCUACAUUCCUCCCACGCACACCUAAACACACACAGACACUCGGCUCAGUCAGAUUUCAGUGCUGUUGCUGCAGCUGCUGACCUGCUUUCACACUGAAGCUUUAGAGAAUAGUUUGAUGUUUCUAGGAGGGUUUUAGGGUAAGUAGCAGACACUUAGCCUAGUUUGGCUUAGCUCAUCAUCAAGACUGGAACCUGAAGGAAACUGUUAGCCGAAUGAAGAGAAAUACUUACUAAAAAACAACAGUAUCAGCCUUAUGAGAGUAGAAGUCUUGUUAAAUUUGUAGUUUUUCACAUGGAGUUUGGUUGACAGGACUUGUGCAUGUUGGCCCAGUUUUGUCAGACAGAAAUUUCUUGUUUCAACACCAGAAAAAAAGAAAUUUAGGGUCUGCUGAACUGCCAUUUAAAGUCAAAAUAUUCCAUGUGUUUUGACCUACUUCAAGCUCCAUUAAUUGUUUCUCUAGUUUUGCGGAAAGCAUGGGUGGAAAAUGGCAAUUUUCCACUUGACAAAAGGGUGAAGUUCCAGACUUCUUCGUGGCUCUGAAAUUCAAAAACUCAAGAAAGUUUUUGCACUCAACCAAGAGAAGUUUGGCACAGAAUCCACCUCAAAAUUAGACCCCCCCCCCCCCCCCCCCCUUUUUUUUUUUGCCAUUUUUAGCAGGAUCCUACUCCUUGUGUCUGAACUUUUUAAGCUCUGGAAGUGCCACCCGUACUUUGAAUAAAUUCAGCCUUGCUGGUUCCCUUAUGUUUCCUGUUUUUGUGCUACAAUAAGCUUGAACAAUGACUUCUACCAAUUCUCAGAAAAUAUUCCUGACUAUCAAUCCUUUUCUGAAACUUUUUUGUGAAGCUUUCUGCGAGUUAAUGCCCUCAUAAAUUCCUCCUGCAGUAAAUAUUGUGACCAUUUCUUCCUCUGACAUAAAAGUGUAAGCUCUGCGAUCGGAGAAACCGGUAGUUUUUGGUACUUUUCUGUUGUUGUUUUUUUUAAAUCAUGGGGUUGUUGAUUCCUGGAUAAGCUACUCCUGUUAGUUUGAUAUUUCAUUCUGGGUCUUGGAGCACCUGGACGAACACGCUCGGGGCUCACAUUUCUACGCUGCAGACGGCGGCACAGACUGGUCUACCAAGGAUUUGUACAUAGUCAUUAGAUAAAAACUACAAAAACUGCAAAAAAAAUUUAACUUGGUACUUAGCCACAGCCUGGCAACAAGAAUAUCUACCAAAUAUUUAAAUGCCAAAUUGUUUUUCUUUGAUUUUUGAUUGUCUCCCUGCAGUACCGUUCCUGUGAUUUACUGUAAAUGUAAAUGUUUUGAUACUACCAAUGCUAAUACUAACUCUGCUCCUCUCAUUGUCCCCGGUGUUUUUAUUUCUCCUCCAGUAGAUCAUCUUGUUCCAUUUUAUUUUGUAAUAAUUUAACUGUCAAAUUAUUUUAUUGCCUUCUUUCAGGUUGGGGUUCCUCCCCUUUUUAAGCUGUUGUAUAUGUGAUUUUAAAAGUUUUAUAUACACUAGUUUAAGAUUUCAGAGGCAAAUAGUUUUGAAACUUUUUAUUUUGUAAGAGUUUCUAUUAUCUUUUAGACUUUUUUUGCUUUUUUAUUUAUGUUUUUUUGUUGUAGAAGGAUUGCUGAUGUGGUUUGGUGUUCAUCUCGUCGUUUAGGGGAUGUGAGCCGUGCCUCAUCUGCAGACCUGAGCUGAUUGGAGCAGGAAAUGUUUCAGAUUUAGCACACUCUGCUGAGCUUUCAGUGACACAAUUGGAAACUUUUAUUUUGAAAUCCAAGGUCCUGCAGCCUUUCAGUGAUAAAGACGUGAUGACGCUCAGAUUCAAGGACUGUCCACCUCCCAGAACCCAGAACUAAACAAAGAAAACACUGAUCAUGUUUGAACAAAGUAUCACUCAGUCCGGGGAGUGUCUCUGAUUGGAUUUGGACUUUUUUAAAAUCUGUCUUUAGUGGAUGAAUAAUGUCACUGUUUCUGCAGAGGGAGUGAUCCUGUCUCCAGGUGUUAAUCAGCUCUCAGGUCUGUCUGCUGAGCUCGGAGAGAGAAACGUUUGUUCUGCUGCUUUUUGUCACAAACACCACAUGUGAAUCACCAAUGGAGUGGAGAAGCCAAUGAAUCAUUGGUUUCUGCAGGUUCUGAUUUAUUAUUGGAAAUAAACUAUUUUUAUGCACAUUAA